AUGUAUGAUGUUAAACAACACAGAAAAGUAUUGGAUAAAGGCAAACCUGAUGAUGUGAUGCCUUCUGUUAAAGGUGUUCAGGAGCGCCUGCCAACAGUGCCAUUAUCUGGCAUGUACAACAAGUCAGGGGGGAAAGUAAGAUUGACCUUUAAACUUGAGCAAGACCAGCUGUGGAUUGGUACAAAAGAGAGAACGGAAAAGUUACCCAUGGGGUCCAUUAAAAAUGUGGUGAGUGAACCUAUUGAAGGACAUGAGGAUUACCACAUGAUGGCAUUUCAGCUGGGCCCAACAGAAGCAUCUUACUACUGGGUCUAUUGGGUACCGACUCAAUAUGUGGAUGCAAUCAAAGACACGGUGCUGGGAAAAUGGCAGUAUUUUUGAAAGCACGCUCACCUCUGGCACAGGAAAAUGACACAAAGCUAAGGACACUGCUGGGAGAGGCCUCCAACAUCCCUGGAUGUGAUAGUCCUGGAACUUAUUAAUAAAAUAUGAUAAACGAGGCAUUGAUGGAAGCCAGAGGUGAUGUUCUUUCACCAUUAGUUUACUUUUAACUUAAAAAUUUCAGCAUCCCUUUUCUGCAGUCAGCUUCAACCAUAUUUAAAGCAAAUACAAUGGAAAUCAAUAAAUCUUAAUUCACAAAACAUUGUGUGUAAUACACUUAAAUCUGCUAAGAGUUGAUCUUCCAUUUUAGUUUUAAAAAGAAAAUAUUACACUCUAUGGUUGAGGAUUUUUUACAUGGUUGGAACAAAUAUUUUCAUAAUCUUUCAGUUACAAGCAUUAGACUUAAUUUAGUUACUUGGUUGUGACUGAGAAUUUCAGAAGCAGUUUUUUAAAAUAAACUUUAAAUAGUAUGCAAAAUUGAUGUUCAGUAAGCCAUAUUCUGCUGGGCCUUUUAUUUCAGGUUUGACUUCGG